AUGGGCCCCUGUACCGCCUCCUCAUGCUGCUGCCAGGCCUGGAAUCUGCCAUGGGCCCCCGUACCGACUCCUCAUGCUGCUGCCAGGCCCGUAAUCUGUCAUGGGCCCCUGUACCGCCUCCCAUGCUGCUGCCAGGUCCAGAGUGUGUCAUGGGUCCCUGUACGGCCUCCCAUUGCUGCUGUCUCCAUCGCCACACUCUGCCAUGUGCCACUUUCAGGUCUCCUCACACUGCUGGUGGGUUCCAUUUUUUCAUAGGGUGCUGUAUGGCCUCCCAUUGCUGCUGCCUCCACCGCCACACUGUGGCUCCACACUCUGGUUUUGGCCCCGUGACUGCCCAAAUGAGUGAAGUGUGCGGUGAUUCUAAGAUCGACGGCACUCAUCUGCAUGUCAUACUGACUGACAGUAUUAUUUCUCUUCCCCAGCAGACUCCAAGGGCAUUUAAAUUAAAGGUACAGUGUUCUGCACUAAUAUAA